AUGUCAAUCGAAAUCACUCCGCUAGCUCAGGCCGAUAUUCCCGGCGCGGUAGAAUGCGUGCAACAAGCUUUUGCAGAUGAUCCAUACUUCCGAUGGGCUUUUGAUGAUCCAUCCAAGUUCAAUGUGGAACGAAACGCAGCUUCUCUCGCCGCCCACUUCAAAUACGGUAUCAGCUGCGGCUGUCCAAUAUCUGUUGCCAAACUUACACGCGCGCCGAGCGACGACAAAAGGGAUGCAGACAUACGCCUGCCGCCCGGUAGCGUGGUCGGUGUUGCUUGGUGGUACUCACCACAAGCACCAUCGCUGCCCCAAACCUGGACCGUUUGGGCACAGGACUGGAUUCUCUCCUUCCGUCAGCUAAUGAACAACAUUCUCUUCCUCGGCCGUGGUGGGCUGAACGUCCAUCGAUACAGGGUUUGGAAACAAGUGCAGCAAAAUGCGCAUGAUUUGAUCUGGCAAGACCCUCGUGGAUAUUACUUCUGCAAUGUGGUUGGUGUCAGCUCACAGGCUCGCGGGAUGGGUGUAGGAAAGAAGCUCAUGGCUGAUGUGAUCGACAAAGCGGACCGGGAAAACAUGCCUUGCUAUCUUGAGAGCUCGAAGGGAUACCCAAAUGUGAAGAUAUAUGAGAAGAUGGGCUUUGAGUUGAUCAAAGAGAUUGAAUGUGUUGAUGGAGGAGACAUUUGCAAGCUUUACUGCAUGAUUCGCAGCCCUCAGUCGAAGGCAUAA